UGCGGAAGAAGAAUCAGCCUCGGAGAAGGAAGAAGAAACCCGAAAUGAAAGCGGCCCCCCUCCGGCUGCCUUCACACUUGUUGAAUAACGUUUAUAUCCGGAGCCCUGCGGCGGCUUUCGGACGUUUUCCCACCCGGGUUCUCACCUCUUUCUCUCGGAUGUGGAGCUGCUGCUUUCAGGCUGAAUGGCUGACUGAAAAUAACAUCAUUCAUCAAUUUCAUUCACUUCAAAACCGCCGCGGACACACACUCAGCAUCCAGCUUUACCGGAUCGAUAUUUCAUCUAUUAUUCAUCCAGCUUCCCGAGCGGGGGAGCUCCGGGAAUCACGCCGAGCGCGGCGCCCCGUGCUCCGCGUCGCGCCGCUGGGUGGCACCGCUGUCUCCGGGCGGAGGGACUCUGAUCUCGGCGUGGUGGACGAUCUCCACCGCGAGAUGACGACGUCGAAGAGGCUUUAAACCAGAUUAUUACGGCCUCCCCGUAACACCCGCGGUUUGUUUUAGUAAUGUGGAUACACGGUAAAUAUUUCAGGUUUAAUAUUUAGACAGUUUUUAGGCGGGGAGCUUUUGGGAGACACGCCGGCCGCAGCGCUCUCUCUGCCGGGCAGCACCGCUGGGUGGCACCGCUGGGUCCAGCCGGUGGGAUGACUCUCUACCGGCGGUUAACGACGUCACAUUUACAAGAAAACUAAUCUCGUUUGGUUCACAAAGUCGUGAGCUGGUUGCCUGCUCUGUAUUUCUGGACCUGGCUGAGGCUUCUGCAGCGGGGGAAGCUCCAGGACGCACACCGAGCAGGGCGCGCUGUCGCCGGGCUGAGCCGCUGAGUCCGGCCCGGUGGGAUGUCUCCUCAUUGGGGGUGGAAUAUUUUCUAGAGAUCCAGGAUUUGUCUGCACCAGUGCAGUAGGUAUACCCAGUGUUGUCGCCCUCCUGUCGGUGUGUUUGUGUGUUGGAGGACAUGGCGGACUCCGGCCGGGCCAGACCGGCGGACCCCGACCCCGCGGACAGCCGGGCAGAGAGCCCCAUGGCCGUGAGGAAGAGGGCACAGCAGUCUCCCGGUGUCCGGCCCAAGUACCAGAGCUCCGCACCGGGCCACUGCCUGAAGAAAGUCACCCUGACCAAACCCACCUACUGCCACAGCUGCAGCGACUUCAUCUGGGGGCUCAUCGGCUUCCUGUGUGAAGUGUGUAACUUCAUGUGUCACGAGAAAUGCCUGAAGACGCUGCGUUCAGUUUGUUCCUGCAUGACUCCAUCUUUGGUGCGGGUCCCGGUGGCUCACUGCUUCGGUCCGGCGGGUCACAAGAAACGUUUCUGCUGCGUCUGCAGGAAGCAGACGGAGGGAAGCACAGCGCUGCGCUGCGAAGUGUGUGAGCUGCACGUCCAUGCUGACUGUGCUGCGUUCAGCUGUGCCGACUGUCGCCAGUCUCACCUGGAUGUCUCUCUGGAGCGGGAUACGUUCCACCACCACUGGAGGGAGGGUAACCUAGCGUCAGCGGCAAGGUGCGAGGUUUGUCGGCGGUCCUGCGGUUCGUCUGACGUCAUGGCGGGGAUGAGGUGCGAGUGGUGCGGCAUCACGAGCCACGCCGCGUGUUACCUCAGUGUGCCACCAGAGUGCACUCUGGGACGUCUGCGCUGCAUGCUGCUGCAUCCGGCCUAUGUCCGCCUCGACUCCAGAAACUUCAGCAAAAUGCACUGCUACCGCAUCACCGAGAGCUGCAGCCACGACCUGGAUAACUCAGAUGAUGUUGAUGCCUCUGCUGCUGUGUCUAAAGACAGUCAGCCAGCUGCUGCAGAGUCAGGGAAACAGUUUCUUAAGGUGUUUGAUGGCGAUGAUGCAGUCAAGCGCGGCUUCUUCCGUUUGGUCUCCAUCCUUCGAGCCACGAGGAAUGAGGAAGUGGUGGAGGCGGCACUGAGGGCCUUCUACCUCCCCGACGAACCUCAGGAGUACGAGCUGCACGAGCUUGGCGGUUUGCAGCGUCUCCAUAGCGACGACAUCCUCAACCGUAACAGUGGUUCAGACAACAGGGGCUCUCUGAAGGACGGCGGCGAGGCCUGGCUGCUGAGGGCCAAACCGCGAGACUCUGAGAUCAUCAAGGUGCACGCAAGCUGGCCCAGGUCGGGCGCCGCUUUCGUCUCCGUCUCCGUAUCUGAGAGCAGUACGGCAGCUUCAGUCCUCACUGAGGUCCUCAGUCAGCUCCACAGACAGGAAGAAGACGCGUCCAGUUUCAGCCUUCUGGAGGUCUGCAUGAGCAGCAAGCAAGUUCAGAGACAGACGUUGAGUCCUCAGGAGAAGAUUGUGGACAAGCUGCAGGAGAUCAGGAAGGCGUCUCUGCGUCAGAUGAACCAGACCCGGUUCUACAUCGUGGAGAACAGGAACCGAGCGGUGCAGGUCAGCCUGCUGAUUGGAGGACUGCCCCCCCUGCUGACCAAAGAGGAAUACGGACAGCUGAUCCAGGAACACCUGACCAUCAAGAGUCACCUGGUCACCGUCAGCCACAGCUAUGCCAGUCAAGGUGCGGUGGCGUUGCAGAUCUCCUGUUUCUCUGAAGCUGAGCGGAUCUACAUGUUGGCCAAAGACACGACUGUCAACAACAAGACGCUCAGUUCUUUCGUCCUCCCAGAGAUCCUGCACAACGAGCUGGGAGACGAUGUCUGUCCCCUGCUGGUGUUCGUCAACCCAAAGAGCGGCGGUCUGAAGGGAAGAGAGCUCCUCUACAGCUUCCGGAAACUUCUCAACCCUCACCAGGUCUUUGACAUUUCCAACGGAGGACCGCUGGCUGGUCUCCACACGUUCCGGGAGGUUCCCAGGUUUCGGGUUCUGGUCUGUGGGGGUGAUGGGACGGUGGGCUGGGUGCUGGGAGUACUGGAAGCUGUCCGGCACAAACUGGUCUGUCGAGAGCCGCCCAUCGGCAUCGUGCCUCUGGGAACAGGUAACGACCUGGCUCGUAUCCUGCGCUGGGGAGCAGGUUACAGCGGCGAGGACCCCCACCACAUCCUGGUCUCUGUCGACGAGGCUGACGAGGUUCUGAUGGACAGAUGGACCAUCCUGCUGGACGCGCAGGACAUCUCUGAGGACGGCAAGGACAACGGCUUCCUGGAGCCACCCAAGAUUGUGCAGAUGAACAACUACUUUGGACUCGGCAUCGACGCAGAACUUAGCCUCGACUUCCACCAGGCCCGAGAGGACGAACCCGAUAAAUUCACCAGCAGGUUCCAUAACAAAGGAGUGUAUGUGAAGGUCGGUCUGCAGAAGAUCAGCUACACCCGGAGUCUCCACAAAGAGCUUCAGCUGCAGGUGGACGCUCAGAACGUCCCCUUACCCAACAUAGAGGGACUGAUCUUCCUCAACAUCCCCAGUUGGGGCUCUGGUGCUGAUCUCUGGGGGUCAGAGGUUGAUGGUCGCUAUGGGAAACCGAGCAUCGAUGACGGGCUUCUGGAGGUGGUCGGGGUCACCGGUGUCGUCCACAUGGGUCAGGUGCAGAGCGGGAUGCGUUCAGGGAUUCGUAUCGCUCAAGGGAACUACAUCAGGCUGACUGUGAGUAAACCCAUACCUGUCCAGGUGGACGGAGAGCCGUGGAUCCAACCGCCGGGACACAUCAUCAUCUCUGCGGCGGGACCAAAGGUCCGGAUGCUGAGGAAGUCCAAGCAGAAGCAGAAGAAGUCCUCAGGUGCGAAGGACGGACGCUCUGAGAGUCCGUCCUCCAGAGACGGAGGACACUGAGCGACCACCUGGAGAUCGGUGUCCGGCCUUCCGCCUGCUUCCUGCUGCAGGAAGCCGUUUUGGCGCCAGCAGCCAGCUGUGGUUUCACUCAUGCAGCUUCAUAGCGACGCUGACGGGCCGCAGAUCGACUGAAGGAGGUCCGACUUUUACAACCUGCACAUGGUGGUUCUGGAUCACCUUGAGUUUUGCCCAGUUGGGAUCACAUUUCCAUCCUGCUGACCAAGCACUUACUACAGUAACCACGCUCAAUAUUCAGCUACUAAAAUGAACUUUUUUACUUAGAAUGCAAGAGUAUUUAACCGAUUCACAACAGGAGUUCUGCAUACAUUAACAGAGUUGAUAUUGAAUUUUGACAAUUUCUCAGUAUGGAUAAGCUUUAGAGUUGAACAAAAAAAAAAAUCAAAGUAUUUAACAGAAGUUGAUAAAUUUCUGUCCAGAUGUGACUGUAUUUGUACAGUAAGUAGCAGUAGACUCAAUGUCAUAUAUAUCGUUAUAACUUUAGUUGUAGAAAUAAUGUGCAGCUAACCUCAAUGUCUCAGAUUAUCUUUGGAGAUUAUGAAGAAAUAUACUGAAGCACUCCUGAAGAGAAGCUGUAACCACAUUUAUCUAAACCAGAGAUCUUUCUUUCUCUCUGGUGUAAAAUUCUUUGGUAACGUUGGUUUCAGACAUUCACAUCACAGUGAAGCUCUCCAACAAGAAAUCUCUGAUUCUCUGAACCCGCAGCGCCCACCGUAAACUGGAAACUUCACACGAGUGAAGGAACUAAUUUAAAACAUAACGGCUCAGUCUGAGCUGUGGAAAGAGCGGCAACUGAAGCUAAACUGUGAACGCCUGAAGCACAGUUUGUAUUUCAGCAGAUAGAAAGCUUUCACUUUUGCAACAACACAGACUUUAUAAGUUUGUGUAGAUCUUAAUAAAAAUAUAUAUGGUUAGUCAAGCUAGCUUGCCAAAACAGAAUUAAAUAAAACAAUAAAAAUGAAAAUUAGGCAUAUAAAUGUCCUAAAAUGUGAGAAGAAAUUGUGACACUUCCAUUACAAUGCCAGAUACUACCUAGAAAACGCAAUACAAUACUAGCUAAACUAAACUACAAACAUUAGCUUGCCAAGCUAGUUUAGUAGCAAGCUAGCGUGCCAAAACAAAAAUUAAUCAAUUUUAGAGGAAAAAAACAUAAUUCAAGUGGACAAAUGUGGCCCUGCCAUUACAGUCAGCACCAGACACUAGCUAGAAAACUAAAUCCAUUACUAGAUCAACUAAACACAUUAGCUUGCCAAGCUAGUUAGCUAGUUAGCUUGGCAAAACCAAAUUAAUGCAACAAAUAAAGUAGUUUGUGUAUUAAUUAAUAAUCUGAAGGAGCAAGAUCAUAUUAAACACAUUAUUAGUUAUUUGAACAGUCACAAUCAGCAUUAUCAGGUGUAAGAUAACGACCAUAUCUGUGUGACAAUGAAGCCCUUUAAUAUCCGACACUGAUCUAAAUAUUACAUUUUAUUAUUUGAUGUUUGAGCACCGACGCUGUUAUCAGUCGACAGCAGAAUGUUAUAGAUGUAAAAGCCUGCGUGAGUUUAUUUAUCCGCCCCCAGUGAAGCAAAGAUCAUUGUUCACAUUAAUUGAAUUUGGUGCAACGUAUUUCAGUCUCCCCUUCUCGUUAGUGAGCGCUGCCCUUCAACUGCCAGUUUAUACUCACACAGCCUCUGGCGGCGGCGGCGGCGGCGGAGGACUUUAUGAACUUCGUCCACAUUCCCGGAGAUGCAGAAGGUCUUUAAAGGACAGUUUCUGGACUGGACCAGGGAUCUGAAGGUCCCAGCUCUUCAUGUAGCCACAACAGUAUUCAAUUGCUGUACUUUGGUUGUGAUAUUUAGUUGUUUUUUUUAAAACCAAGUUCUGCAUUAACUGAUUUAUUUGGAUGUUUUUUGGUGCUAGAAGGUAACAAACAAUAUGUUGUAGUUCUGUGUUUGACUUGAAAUUCAAGGAAGCUGUUUUUAUUCAAAGCCUCAAACCCAAGUUCAUACAAACUGUAGCUUUUAUUAAUGGGAGGUAAAUGUGAUUCAUGUGGAUUACAGUGAAGGUUUGUGGCUUUGAAUGGAGACAGAUCUGAGAAUGAGUGCUGAUACAUCAGUGGCAUUAACUGUUAGCUUUCAUGGACUGCUGAGCUUCCUCAUGAAUCGGGCUGAAGUGGACACUGUGUACUGACAGUAUCUCUGUGAGUACUUUGAACUGUACAGAUACUGUCACAGUGUUUUAUUACAUGCAUGAAGUACUGUAGUGUUGUGUAUUACAGCAGCGUUUUAUCUCCUCUUUCUUCCGCUGGCUGUUAAACAACCACAACUGCUGGUUUUACAUGUUUUAUUAACUGUUUAAACUUCACAUUGCGUCGAUCGUUUUACAAAUUAUUAAUUAUUUUGGCCAACGUUGGUUUCAGUUCAUUUCUGUGAAAAUCAGCUUGCAGAGACGUUUAAAGCUAACAGACUGAGGCUAAAGCUAACAGGUCAAAACAUUAUGCCAUUUUUCAGAAAAUCAAGCAGGAGACGAACUCUAAACAAACACUAUAAAAGUAAUUUUUAAAAUUAGAUUUUCUGAAUUAGAAGUAACAACUAUAAUAUCCCACUGUCCUUAAAUGCAGCAAUGGCCCCUUCUUCACCAUUGUCUUAUAGGGCAACUUAUUUUUGUCUUUUCUUGUUCACACAGGAUAUGAAAGUAACAUCUUUUACUUAAAUAUAAGUUUCAUAAAAACAAAACGUGACAUUGUUGGACUGUGACGAUUCAGCAGGAAGUGGAAUCGAUAAGUGAACUGGAAUCAACGUAAAACCGACCAGUGUGAUCGCAGGUGUGUGAACAGUUUAUUAAUGAGCUUCUCAGACCGAAACAAAGCUUACAAUAUUCUGCAGAGUCUGUUUUAUGGUGUUUGUAUUAAUUUAAACGGUCGGGAUAAUUUAUAGGCUAUUAAAUAGUUAAUAACUUAGAUUUUACACAAAUGUUAGAAGUUUCUAGUUGGAUAAAACUGAUAUAAUACAACAUUUCCUGCCAUAAAUAGUAAUAAAGUCAUUGAGUUUAAACAUUUAACAUUUUUAGACAGUUGACAGAAUGUGAUGAUGGAAAAUGUCAAAAAGGCCAAAUUUCUGCUCUUCUUACAAAAUAAUCAACAUGCUUUUACUCUGAAAAUCGUUCCCUAAAAAGGUGGAAAGAUACUUCAGUGCUCUGAAACUGCAGGUUAUGAUAUUUAAAAUGAAAUAUUCAGACUCAUAAUUUCAUGUUUUUAUCAUUGCAUCGUUCCUUUAGAGGGAAAUAGUUUCUGCAUAUUUUUAAUAUUUCCUGAACCCAAAACUAUGGAAGAACAUUUCUGCCAGUGUGAUGGAAAAAAAGUAUUCUAUAAGUUAUUAUAAUGAGAAAGUUUCUCGUUAUUUUCAGAUAAUAAGUCAACAUAUUGAGUUUCCAUCUAAGAAGAAGAAGAAGUCAUUAAUUCUGUCUGUAUUUAUUUUGAGAUACUAACUCAUAAGUUAAAAUAUUGAGAAUGUUUCUCAUUCUAAUUUCUUACAGGAAACUUUAUUUCAUCGCAUUGGCAGAAAUGUUCUUCCAUAAAAACAGAAGAUUUUUGAAAAAGUAUUUUUCUUUCUUUGUUUUAUUGAUUGUAUUUGUCGCUGAAUGUUAAAAACGCUUUAACGUGAUUUGUUCUGCUUCUCUGCGUCCCGUCGUGCCUCGUAGCGUCUGACUCACCUGUCCUUAUUAAGCCCCGCCCGGGCGGUGGUUCGGUCUGCAGGCCGGAGUCCGUGUAGUGCCUCAUCCAAACGCUUGGACACCCUCAGUGCUCUGAUGUGUGUUAACGUGUGUGUUUCCUGCCGGUGCAGUGGUGUGUUACUGAGCUGAUGUGCCUCCAGAUGUUUUGUUGCUGUAUUCAGUUUUUACCUGAGGUUUUAUUGAAUAGAUGAUUUGUAUAUUUUUGCAGACAGAAGCUGUUUUUUUUUUUUUUUUUUUUUGGUUUCAACUGUAAAGUUUUAAAGGUAAAUUGCACUAAUUGUUUUACAGAUGCUCUUAGAUGUGACGUUCAGGUUAUUAUGAAUGUUGUAACAACUAAAGCUAAAUAUAUAGUACAUAUAGUAUAUAUAAAUAUAUAUAUGUUUAAAUAACUGAUUCUUAUGUGUUUAAUCAUAAUAAAGACCAUAUAAGAUGUCAUUA